CAGACGACAUGUCGCAGUCACUGGAGCUCUUGCUGAUACAAUUCCUGAUGCCGGACAACGACGCCCGGCGGCAGGCGGAGGACCAGAUAAAGCGCUUGGCCAAGGACCCUCAGGUGGUUCCCGCGCUCGUACAGCACCUCCGCACCGCCAAGACGCCGAACGUGAGGCAAUUGGCGGCCGUGCUUCUGAGGAAGAAGAUCACCGGACACUGGGCCAAGCUCUCACUUCAAAUUAAACACCUCGUUAGGCAGUCUCUCAUUGAGAGCAUCACAAUGGAGCACAGUCCACCGGUGAGGCGAGCCAGUGCCAAUGUGGUUAGUGUCGUUGCCAAAUAUGCAGUCCCGGCUGGAGAAUGGCCGGAUUUGUUGCCCUUUCUGUUUCAAUGUAGUCAGAGUGCGCAGGAAGAACAUAGAGAGGUGGCAUUGAUCCUGUUCAGCUCUUUGACUGAAACAAUAGGGAAUACGUUUCAGCCACAUUUUGCAGAUUUGCAAGCUCUUCUUCUGAAAUGCCUCCAGGAUGAGACAAGCAACCGCGUCAGAGUUGCUGCGCUCAAGGCCGUAGGGUCUUUUCUGGAAUUCACUCAUGAUGGGGUUGAAGUGGUGAAGUUUCGGGAAUUCAUACCUAGCAUCUUAAAUGUAUCAAGACAAUGCCUUGCAGCUGGCGAGGAGGAUGUUGCUAUUAUUGCUUUUGAAAUUUUUGAUGAGUUGAUUGAAUCUCCUGCACCUCUUCUUGGUGAAUCUGUUAAAUCCAUUGUGCAAUUCUCUCUUGAAGUUUGUUCAACUCAAAGUUUAGAAUCUAAUACACGUCAUCAGGCAAUUCAGAUAGUUUCAUGGCUAGCAAAGUAUAAAUCCAAUUCCCUCAAAAAGCAUAAGCUGGUCAUCCCUAUUCUGCAAGUUAUUUGCCCAUUGCUUGCAGAAUCAAAUGAUGAAGAUAAGGAUGAUGAUCUUGCUCCAGAUCGAGCUGCUGCAGAAGUUAUUGAUACUAUGGCUUUGAACAUACCAAAGCAUGUUUUCCACCCUGUCUUUGAAUUUUCUUCUUUAAGCAGUCAAAACGCAAAUCCAAAAUAUCGGGAAGCAUCUGUUACCGCUUUAGGUGUCAUUUCAGAAGGUUGUUUGGAGAUGAUAAAAGAUAAGUUGGAUCCAGUUCUUCAUAUUGUCUUAGGCGCUCUGAGAGAUCCUGAAGAAAUGGUUAGGGGGGCUGCAUCAUUUGCAUUGGGUCAGUUUGCAGAGCAUUUGCAGCCGGAAAUUGUUUCCCACUAUCAAAGUGUACUUCCCUGCAUUUUGAAUGCCCUUGAGGAUACAUCUGAUGAAGUGAAGGAGAAGUCAUAUUAUGCUUUGGCAGCAUUUUGUGACAACAUGGGUGAGGAAAUUCUUCCAUUCCUUGAUCCAUUGAUGGGAAAACUACUGGGGGCCCUCCAUAAUAGCCCUCGUAAUUUGCAGGAGACAUGCAUGUCUGCGAUUGGUUCGGUUGCAUCUGCGGCAGAACAGGCAUUUGUUCCGUAUGCUGAAAGGGUUUUGGAGUUGAUGAAAAGUUUCUUGGUGCUUAGUAAUGAUGAGGAUCUUUGUUCACGAGCAAGAGCUACUGAAUUAGUUGGAAUUGUUGCAAUGUGUGUGGGGAGAACUAGGAUGGAACCAAUUUUACCCCCUUAUAUAGAAGCUGCAAUUUCUGGUUUUGGAUUGGAUUUCAGUGAACUUCGGGAGUAUAUUCAUGGAUUCUUCAGCAAUGUGGCAGAAAUUUUGGAUGACGGCGUUAUACAGUAUCUUCCUCAUGUCGUACCCCUGGCUUUUUCUUCCUGCAAUCUUGAUGAUGGAGCUGCAGUGGACAUCGAUGAGUCUGAUGAUGAAAAUAUUAAUGGAUUUGGUGGAGUUUCAUCUGAUGAUGAAGCUCAUGAUGAGCCAAGAGUACGAAAUAUCAGUGUAAGAACAGGAGUUUUAGAUGAAAAGGCAGCUGCAACUCAAGCUCUUGGCUUAUUUGCACUACAUACGAAGGCCUCAUAUGCACCCUAUUUGGAGGAAUCAUUUAAGAUCCUAGUACGACACUCAGGGUAUUUCCAUGAAGAUGUUCGGCUUCAGGCAAUCAUUUCUCUGAAACAUAUUUUAACAGCAGCACAGGCAGUUUACCAGAAUCAUAAUGAAGGACAAGCAAGGGCUAAGGAAAUUCUGGAUACUGUGAUGAACACUUAUAUCAAGACUAUGACUGAAGAUGAUGACAAGGAAGUUGUUGCUCAAGCUUGUAUGAGCCUUGCUGAUAUCAUCAAAGAUUAUGGAUAUAUGGCUGUUGAGCCUUAUGUACCACGGGUUGUUGAUGCUACUUUGGUACUGCUUCGGGAGGAAUCAGCUUGUCAGCAGACAGAAUGUGAUGAUGAAAUUGAUGAUGAUGAUGUUGUACAUGAUGAAGAACUUAUGGAUGCAGUUUCUGACCUUCUUCCUGCUUUUGCGAAGUCAAUGGGUCCUCAUUUUGCACCUAUUUUUGCUACGCUAUUUGAACCUUUAAUGAAAUUUGCGAGAGCUUCGCGGCCACUGCAAGAUCGGACAAUGGUUGUUGCCUGCCUUGCUGAAGUUGCUCAAGACAUGGGUGCUCCAAUUGCUGGAUAUGUCGACAGGGUGAUGCCCUUGGUAAUCAAAGAACUAGUAUCAUCAGACGCAACCAAUAGAAGGAAUGCUGCAUUUUGUGUUGGAGAGCUGUGCAAAAAUGGGGGUGAGGGGACGUUGAAAUACUAUGGUGAUAUAUUGCGUGGACUUUACCCACUAUUUGGGGAAUCUGAGCCAGAUGAUGCUGUCAGGGAUAACGCAGCUGGUGCAGUGGCAAGAAUGAUAAUGGUGCACCCUGAAUCUAUCCCAUUGAAUCAGGUACUUCCUGUUUUCUUGAAGGUUCUUCCACUAAAAGAAGAUCGUGAAGAGUCAAUGACGGUGUAUAGUUGCGUCUCUACUCUUGUUUUAUCAUCUAAUGCCCAGAUCCUUUCUCUAGUCCCAGAUUUGGUUAAUGUAUUUGCUCAAGUUGUGGCAUCACCAGUUGAAACUCCUGAAGUAAAAGCACAAAUCGGAAGAGCUUUUGCUCACCUGAUUUCACUCUACGGCCAACAGAUGCAGCCCCUUUUGGGUAACCUCUCCCCUGCUUAUGCAAAUGCCCUAGCCGCAUUUGUCCCGAAAAGCUGAUUCGUGGUGAGCCAGUGACUUGCCUUCUCGUUGCAUUUGCUCCAGGAAGCUGUUCGAUUGAGCCUGUGGAUUGUGAUUCUUCACCAAUAGUUUCUACCCGCCUUUUUUGCUGAGAUUCUUUUCCAAUUCAAAGACCGUGGUGUGUUGUUCCCAUGUUUUAUAGAUGGGUUGGCUUCAGUCUUGGAGGAGGACAUCGUUCUAUAAGGUGAUCCUCCUCCUAUUACCACCUCCAUUUUUCAAGGCUGGUGAUACUGCUUUUUCUUCUUCUUCCUUAUUUUCAUGUGGUAUCUUUUUCCCCCUGAAUCUUCUUUACAUUCUCCGGUCUGCUUUGAGCGUUCGUGUGCUUUCUUUGAUACUUUUAUGUGCGUGAUUUGAUUAUUUGUUUGAGUAUCAUGGUUGUCCGCUGUCUGGUUUCCAUAGGUUCGAAAAUUUCGCCUUUCCGCUCACAGAAUUAGUGAAGAUGAUGCAUACCCAUAGUAUAUCGUCAUGUGUAACGCAGCGUUGUCCUUAAGUUAUUGCUUGCAGAAUCAAAUUGCCAACGGUAAAAUUGGCGCUUUCGAUUUUCGGCAGUCAUAGUAACGAGGUUACUUUUAUGUUAUUUAAGAAAUGUGUUUUGAUAUGUACUAAUUUUCAGUUGGGACUUCAGUAUGGUUAAUUUAUGUUUUUC